AUGCCCCCUCAGCACCCUCGACCCCCUCACCACCCAGGUCAGCAACGGAGACCCGCCAAUAACGCGCCAGUCCCAGCGCUCGACCCUCAUGAUCCCACGCACGUCCCCUAUGUCCCCGCUCCGCCUUCCAUGAACGUACCGACACCACCACCCAUGCGCCUAGGCUUCGACGAUCCACCAUCAGCCACAGUUACGAAUUUACCACGUCUCCUACCCACCCUGCGCUGGAACAGCGGGUCCGGUACACGUGACGCGGCUCCAGCUCCUCCGUCAAGUGCGUUCGAGCUCGUCUCGGCUUCUACGGACAAUACUACGCUUCCUCUUCUUCGCUGGUCCGACCAGGCUCGCCCGGGACCCGUUUCGGCGUCAGUCGCAGCGGCCGCCCCGGCGUCAGCGCCCACGAGUGGUAGCCGUCCAUCACGCCCACUUCCGGCCUCUUUGCCGGCUCGACCUGCAGGGGCAGUGCCACCUCGAUCGGAGGCAGCUAUACGCGGCGUGACUCCAUUACCUGCAGAGGCUGCACCACAUCGCAUAUCCGCUCAAUCUCCUUUGCAGCCCAGCGUCAAGACCGAGUCUGCGGUAUCGGCGGUCAAUGUCGGGAGUAGCAGCAGAAGAGUCGAAAGGGAUGAUAGUGGGGUGAGGGGUAAAGAUCGAUCAGAUGAGAUGUCGGCUUCGGCGGAGAGGAAACAGUCAGUGGUGGCUAGGGGUCGUGUGAGCCAAGAGGACAAGGGGAGCGAUCGUGGGGUUGGGGCAAAGUCAGAAGAUCACCCUGACAAGGACAAGACCCGCACGGCCGCGUCAUCCCAGCCCGCCCAAGCAUCAGCCAAACCUCCCACUCCAGAUGACGGCGUCGCGGACGAUACGCGUACCGAGAUCGACCCAACCGAGAUCUGGCCGCCGCCCGAGUCCGCCCAGUCUAGCAUUGCUUGA